AGUCUCCCUUUGCGGCGUACAGUAACCGACCCGGGAACCAACGGCGUGGCAGGGGCGAAAACAAUGGACUUUCAUAUGGUGUGCUGUCGGAUAUAGUUCUCUUCUGGCGAUAACAAACAAGCAAGCACCGUAACGUCCUCACCUUAGAAAUCACGAUCGACCGAUCGAGCUGAGCUCACAGCUUGCUCUUCCCGUCCAAACCCCAGGUGCCGCCGCAAGCAGGCGUCGUGCCUCUUGAUACUAUCGAAUCCGGGUUCACCCUGGACGCCAAACCGCUGCUUCCGUUCGCAUUCCCCCACUAGCACCAGCUACAUCGCCAGCCCUUCCUGCUCCCCAUUUUGGUUGGUUGCGCAUGAUCGAUCUUGCCCCCUCUAUCGGGGCCCGUUGAACCAUGUCUGUCCCGGAUAUCGUUGCAGCCCAUCAAGAUGCAGGCCCUGUUGCUCCCGUGGCAGAUGGCAGCAUUACGCCGAGCCAAGAGAAGACCGAGACGGAACCCGACGGCAGCCUGACACCGAACUCUGUCCAAGACGAAAGAGGGGCUCUCUUCCAGAGCGUUGACAUUGCGGCCUCCACGGGGGACAUUGCUGAGAAAGACGCCGACGACGUUACUUUGGGUGGUUAUGAGACCCCUCAACAGAAGGGAAGCCCGCGGAACUCGGUGCUGGCUUCCAUCAAGCGCAAGACCAGCGCCACCGAGUACCCGCCCCUCACCGACGAGGCCGGCAAGGAGGCGGCAGCCCGGGAGCGGGACCGGGCGAACGCCCAUAGAGCAGGCGGAAUCCGGUUCGCCCCCUGGAACAUACCCUACCGGCGCCGGGUGCAGACGAUGGCUGUUGUGGCGCACUGCAUGAGCAUCGUCAUGACCGUCUCCUUCUUCUUCUUCCUCUGCGCCAUCCCGCUCACCUGGCCGCUCCUCAUCCCCUACCUCCUGCACAUGCUCCUCUCCAAGUCGGCCAGCGACGGCCGCCUGCGAGCCCGCUCGGAGCGCUUCCGCCGCCUCCCCGUCUGGAGGUUCUUCGCCGACUACUUCCCCGCCCGGCUGCACAAGACGCACCACCUGCCGCCGACGCGCAAGUACAUCUUUGGCUACCACCCGCACGGCAUCAUCUCGCACGGUGCCUUCGCCGCCUUUGGCACCGAGGCCCUCGGCUUUGCCGACCAGUUCCCCGGCAUCACAAACAGCCUGCUGACGCUCGACUCCAACUUCCGCAUCCCGCUCUACCGCGACUACAUUCUCGCGCUCGGCAUCCAGUCCGUGUCCAAGGAGUCAAUCCAGGCGAUCCUGACGACGGGCGGGCUCAACGGCGAGGGGAUGGGCCGGGCCGUGACCAUCGUCGUGGGCGGCGCGCGUGAGUCGCUCGAGGCGUACCCGGGCACGCUACACCUGGUGCUGGCGCAGCGUAAAGGGUUCGUCAAGAUGGCGCUGCGCACGGGCGCCGACCUGGUCCCCGUCUUGGCCUUCGGCGAGAACGACUUGUACGACCAGGUCAGCCCGCAGCGGCACCCGCUGCUCCACGCGCUGCAGAGGUGGCUGCUGCGGACGCUCAAGUUUACGCUGCCGUUCUUGCACGGCAGGGGCAUCUUUAAUUAUGAUGUGGGUUUGAUGCCGUAUCGGAGGCCCUUGAAUGUUGUCGUCGGCAGGCCCAUCGCCGUCCGGCAGGUCAGGGAGGGAAACGGGGUGGAUCCGCGCGAGGUGGACAGGUUACAUGCUGAGUAUGUCGGCGAGCUGGAAAGGAUGUGGGAGGUGUACAAGGAUGUGUUCGCGCCGGGACGGAAGGAGGAGAUGAGGAUUCUGAGGUGAUGCCUGUAUCUUUCGUUUCUCGUCUCUUCUAAUCUUUUCCUUGCUGAAGUUAACUUGCUGUUUGUACACUUGCGUGUGUGAUUUGAGGGUUGGGAUCAAGGGGUUUAACGUGUUGUUGUUUUUACUACACUCCUCAUGGUUCUUAUAUGGGCGAGCUGGAUUGGAUGUUAUAGAUGCGUAUGCAUGACGAUGGCUACGGUAUUGCUAUACUACUCAGGCGCCCCUUUUUUUUUUCUUUUUUUUUGGGGGUUUGAUAACAUCAAGAAUAUCCACUGCUGUUUCUUGUGUUGCAGCUAUACAAAAGUACAC